AUGGAGGCGGUCAUCAUCAGGGUCAAUAAGAAGAAGAAGAAGAAGAAGAAGAAGAAGAAGAAGAAGAAGAAGAAGAAGAAGAAGAAGAAGAAGAAGAAGAAGAAGAAGAAGAAGAAGAAGAAGAAGAAGAAGAAGAAGAAGAAGAAGAAGAAGAAGAAGAAGAAGAAGAAGAAGAAGAAGAAGAAGAAGAAGAAGAAGAAGAAGAAGAAGAAGAAGAAGAAGAAAAAGAAGAAGAAGAAGAAGAAGAAUAGGUAUUUUGUCGCAAAAUCUCAAAAGACACAGAAUUGA